GCCGCCCAGCCAUGUUGAGGAGUCUGUCAAGCAAACUGCAGCCCGCCAUUGUGUAGAACCAGGCUCUGUAGAGAGAUAAGGGUGCUUGGCUGAAACGCUUCAAUAGCUUGAUAAUUAUUUUACCCUGCCGCUUUUAUUUAGGAGUAAAUACAGUUACACAGGCUCCGGGGGGGGAAAGACAUGUCAGCCAGCAGUCUUCUUGAACAGAGACCGAAAGGCCAAGCUAAUAAAGUGCAAAACGGAGCUGUGACCCAAAAGGAUACUUUGAAUGACGAUGAAUUUGAGCCUUACCUGAAUACUCAGGCCAGACAGAGCAAUGCCUAUACGGCCAUGUCGGACUCGUACAUGCCCAGCUACUACAGCCCCUCCAUAGGAUUUUCCUACUCCCUGAAUGAGGCAGCAUGGUCCACAGGUGGGGAUCCUCCUAUGCCUUACCUGGCCUCCUAUGGACAGCUGAGCAAUGGGGAACCCCACUACCUCCCGGACGCUAUGUUUGGCCAACCAGGCCCCCUGGGGAGCAACCCAUUUCUAGGUCAGCAUGGCUUCAACUUUUUCCCCAGUGGCAUCGACUUCUCAGCAUGGGGUAACAACAGCUCUCAGGGACAGUCGGGGACACCGCAGAGCUCUGGCUACAGCAGCAGCUACGCCUAUGCUCCCAGCUCACUUGGAGGUGCCAUGAUUGAUGGACAGUCCCCAUUUGCACCUGCUGCCAACGAGCCCCUUAACAAGGCACCUGGUAUGAACAGCCUGGACCAGGGCAUGGCGGGACUUAAGAUAGGUGGUGCUGCUCCUGGUGGUACCGGGGACUUGGCGCCUAAAGUAGUUGGCUCUGGAUUACCCGGUGGGGGUCCACUAGGCCCUGUAUCAUCUGUUGGACCUCCCAGCAUGCCUCCUGUCUCAAUUGCCCCUGCCAAGCCUGCCUCUUGGGCUGAUAUUGCCAGCAAACCAGCCAAACCCCAGCCCAAGCUUAAAACUAAGGGUGGCAUGGCUGGUGCUAAUUUGCCUCCUCCGCCCAUUAAACACAACAUGGACAUUGGCACUUGGGACAACAAGGGCACAAUGCCUAAAGCCACCACUCCUCAGCAGGUGCCCCCUAUUCCCAGCAACGGGCAGCCGCCCAAUCAGGCUUCCCCGCAGCCUGGAAGUACUGCUGUGGGGAAUCCACAAAUGCCCCUGAGCAAUGGACAACUGGUUCCACCUGUUUCCCAGAUGGGUCAGCAUCAGCUUCCACCCACUGGGCAGCCAGGUAUGGGUCAGAUGCCCCAGCCUCCUCUCUCCCAGGGUGGUCCUCCUCCACCAAGCCAACAGCAACAACAAUCUCAACCUACCCGCUGGGUCCCACCACGGAAUAGGGCCAAUGGAUUUGGGGAUACGAGUGGGAGUGGUACAGGCCAGUCACCUCCCUCUUCUUCAGGAGUGGGUGUGGUUCCAGGGGUCCCUUCGGAGCCUCACCCAGUUUUAGAGAAGUUGCGUAUGGUCAACAACUAUAACCCGAAGGACUUUGACUGGAAUCCCAAGCAGGGCAGGGUGUUUAUCAUCAAGAGCUACUCCGAGGAUGACAUCCACCGCUCCAUCAAGUAUAACAUCUGGUGCAGCACGGAGCAUGGCAACAAGAGGCUUGAUGCAGCUUACCGUUCACUGGGUGGUAAAGGACCACUUUAUCUUCUGUUCAGUGUCAAUGGGAGCGGUCACUUCUGUGGUGUAGCAGAAAUGCGCUCACCCGUGGACUACAACACGUCUGCUGGCGUGUGGUCGCAGGACAAGUGGAAGGGUCGUUUUGAUGUGCGCUGGAUCUUUGUUAAGGACGUUCCCAACAGUCAACUGAGGCACAUUCGACUGGAGAACAACGAAAAUAAGCCAGUGACCAACUCUCGGGACACACAGGAGGUGCCACUGGACAAGGCCAGGCAGGUGCUAAAGAUCAUCGCUGGAUAUAAACACACCACUUCCAUCUUCGAUGACUUUUCUCACUACGAGAAGCGUCAGGAAGAAGAAGAGUGUGUGAAAAAGGUGGAGGUCCAAGGCAGUGAGCCAUAUCCCAGCAACCCAAACAACAGAAGUCAUUACAGGCUUCAGGAGCGCCAAGGACGAGUCAAGUAACAGUUGGUGCUUUGGUCAAAGACUGCAAUGGCCCCCUUAAAGCCCUCUACCCCAUUACGUCAUUACAUCCAGAUCUCUUAAAGAAAUUCUAAUAGGGGUGAAGAAUUAACAAAGGACAGAAACUAAAUGAAGACUUUGAUUUCUUUUGACUUUAAAGACUUACUUUGAACUUGUAGUAAAAAGAAAAGGAAACAAUUAUUCAUAGGACUACAACUAAAUGCAUAGCAUCCUUAGGUGAUUUUUUUUUUUUUUGCCCUCCCCCAUUCCACUACAUAUGCUUUCUCCCCUUGUAUGCUGCUUUUUUUCCUUUUUGAAAUGAAUGGAUCAGCUUGUUGGUUUUUUUUUUCUUUUUUUUUUUUUUCUUUUUUUUUUUUAAAUGGUCCAAGAGCAGGUCUGUAAUUCUCACACAAACACACAAAUCAAAUAGAAAUUGUAGUGUUGACUAAUAAUAGUGUCCCAAAGUGGAAAAAUGG